AAAUAGCAAACUUUGUCUUCUUCCCCUUCCCCUAAUCAAAAAAAGGCAGCGAGUGGGGAAGGCCGGAUUUGCCCACCUUUCUCUCUCUAUCCGUACAGUUUCUCUCUCAUUACCCAAAAAACAAGAUCCAUUUUCAAUUUCUACUUCGCCUCCUUCCUCUAACCCUUUUUCUUCCUCACCCCUUUUGCCCCUUUUGACCACUGAUUUUGAUUCUCCCUCUAAUUCUUAAUAUCCCGCUUCUUCUUCUUCCAUGGCUUCUGAUUAGUUUGGUUAUGGGUCCGUUUUUUGAACCCCUUUUUCUCUUCUGGCUUCUUCUAUAAGAUCUUAUCUCCACUCCGCUUGUUUUCUAAGCUCCAUUUUAUCCCUUGAUUGAAAGCGAGAGGAAUUCCCCAGAAGUGGGAUUUAGAGGACCGAUUUUGGGGGUUUUGAUUCAUGGGUUCGAAUACCCACCAGAGUUUUCAGCAACCCAAUUCGGCGUUGCUCCGAUUUCGGUCUGCUCCCAGUUCUCUGUUCGCUGAUUUCGCUCAUGGGGUUGAUUCGAAGCGGUUGAAUCACUUCGAGGGCUCGGAAUCCGAGCGAUUUGUUUCCAGAUUUCGCGGCGGCGGUGGCGGUGGAAAUAGUAAUGACUCCGAAUCUACGGCGGCCGGAAACUACUCCUCUGCCCUGCCGCCGCAUUACCCCCGCCACUCCUCCGCCGUGAGUUCUUCUUCUUGUUCCUCGUCUUCGGCUUCUUCUGCUACAACUUCUUCUUCUUCUUCUUCAAUGAGUUGCUCUUAUGGGUUGCUGGGUUCUAAUCUUGCUCGCCAGAAUAGCUCUCCUCCUGGAGUUUUCUCUCACCUCAAUCAAAACGGCUAUGGUGGGAGAAAUUUCAGUAGGUUGAGUGGGAGUAGUAAUGGAGGAGAAGUUAGUCCACCAUCAAACAGAUUGAACAACUCUCAAAUUAGCUUCUCCUCUUUGCUACCUUCUUCUCUGGGGAUGCUUUCUCAGAUAUCUGAACAAGUUGGGAGUGAAAAGCUUGCUAAUACCAAUGGGGAGGCUCAGUUCUUCGGCUCCUCCGGGUUCCCGUUCGCUUCCUGGAAUGAAUCGUCUCAGUUCUCCCAAGCUUUCCCCUGCGUCAAAUGCGAUCCCGAUCCCGAAAGUAACAGGAAGUUGUUUUCUAGUAAUCAUCAGAACGGCGAGAUCAGUAACCGAGUUCAUUUGUUAUCGCACCACUUGAGCUUUCCCAAGAACGCGUCCGACAUAGCUUCCAUCGAGAAGUUGUUGCAGCUCCAAGAUUCCGUGCCUUGUCGAAUUCGAGCGAAACGAGGCUGCGCAACUCAUCCUCGCAGCAUUGCAGAACGGGUGCGACGAACCCGAAUCAGCGAGCGUAUGAGGAAGCUACAAGAACUUGUACCAAACAUGGACAAGCAAACGAACACAGCGGACAUGUUGGACUUAGCGGUCGAGUACAUCAAAGAGCUUCAGAAACAGUUCAAGACGCUAAGUGACAACCGAACGAAAUGCGUGUGUUUGAAUAUGCAGAAGCCGGUAUCGAAUCAGAUAAUGUGAGGUAGCUUCUGUACAUAGAGAAGAGAA